AUGGCGGGCCUUUCUGCCGCAUUCAACAGCCUCCUUGGGACUCCUCGCACGCCCACGUCUGGCAAACUGGAGCUCCCUGUGGGCGAACAUGAACCUUUGGUUGCUGCAGGCGGGCCUGCGUCAGAGAAAUGCGAGCUGAGAAUCGAAGGCAUGACUUGCGGAGCAUGCGUCGAGUCUAUAGAGGGUAUGCUGCGCACACAACCCGGCAUACAGUCGGUCAAGGUCGCACUACUCGCGGAACGGGGCGUAGUGGAAUACGAUCCAGCCGUUUGGGAUGCGGACAAGAUCAUCGGGGAAAUAUCUGACAUAGGUUUCGAUGCUACUCUCAUACCCCCAACACGCGCGGAUGCCAUCACCCUUCGCAUAUACGGGAUGACAUGUUCAUCAUGCACAUCAACGGUAGAGACGCAAUUGGGAGCAAUGCCCGGAGUCACCAGCGUCGCCGUCUCGCUCGCUACGGAGACCUGCAAAGUAGAGUUCGACAGGACAAUGGUCGGGCCUCGGGAGCUGGUAGAGCGGAUAGAAGAGAUGGGCUUCGACGCCAUGGUCUCCGAUCAAGAAGACGCGACUCAGCUGCGGUCGCUCACCCGGACGAAGGAGAUCCAGGAGUGGCGGUCGCGCUUCCAGUGGAGUCUUGCCUUCGCGAUUCCAGUCUUCUUCGUCACUAUGAUCGCGCCGAAGAUCCCCUUCCUCGCGCCAAUUGUCGAGUACCAGCUGUGCCGCGGCAUCUACGUCAGUGACGUCGUGGCGUUCAUCCUUACGACCCCGGCUCUGUUCUGGCUCGGACAGAAGUUCUACCGGAACGCGUACAAGUCGCUGAAGCACGGGAGCGCCACCAUGGACGUGCUCAUCGCCAUUGGGACGUCGUCCGCGUACAUCUACUCCAUCGGCGCCAUGUGCUUCGCGGCGUACAACCGGGAGCUGGACUAUCACCCCAUGGUCUUCUUCGACACCAGCACGAUGCUGAUCAUGUUCGUGUCGCUGGGCCGGUACCUCGAAAACCGGGCGAAGGGCAAGACGAGCGCCGCGCUGACUGAUCUCAUGGCGCUUGCGCCGUCUAUGGCGACAAUCUACACCGACGCUCCGGCGUGCACGCAGGAGAAGAAGAUCCCCACGGAGCUGGUCUCAGUCGGCGACACGGUGAAACUCGUGCCUGGCGACAAGGUCCCCGCGGACGGAACAGUCUUGCGUGGGACCUCUACCGUGGACGAGAGCGCGGUCACGGGCGAGCCGGUCCCCGUGCUCAAGCAGAUCGGAGACAGCGUCAUUGGAGGCACCGUCAACGGGCUCGGGACGUUCGACAUGGUCGUCACGCGCGCGGGCAAGGACACCGCGCUCGCGCAGAUCGUGAAGCUGGUCGAGGACGCGCAGACGUCGAAGGCGCCGAUCCAGGAGUUCGCGGACAAGGUCGCGGGGUACUUCGUGCCGAUGGUCAUCUCGCUCUCGCUCAUCACCUUCGCGGUGUGGAUGGUGAUCUCGCACGUCGUGGACGAGAACGCGCUCCCCGCGCUGUUCCACAAGCACGGCGCGUCGAAGCUCGCGAUCUGCCUGCAGCUGUGCAUCUCCGUCGUCGUGGUCGCGUGCCCGUGUGCGCUCGGACUGAGCACGCCGACCGCGAUUAUGGUCGGGACCGGGAUGGGCGCGAAGAACGGGAUCCUGAUUAAGGGCGGACGUGCACUCGAGGCGAGCCGAUUCAUCAAGCGGAUUGCUCUAGACAAGACGGGCACGGUCACCGAGGGCAAGCUUACUGUCGCGGCGCUCGCGUGGGCGCCCUCGAGCGAUCACAGCGACCUGCACGGCUAUACCGCCGACGGCGACGUCCCGCUGACCACGAAGUGCGUCGGGAACGCGACGCGCGCGGACGUGAUUGCGAUGGUUGCGGCGACGGAGGCGCGCUCGGAGCACCCGCUCGCGAAGGCGGUCGCAGUGCACGGCAAGGAGCUGCUGAACAAGUCGAUGGUGCCCAUCCCGGAGGUCGUGAUCCACACGUUCGAGAGCGUCACCGGUGCAGGUGUGAAGGCCGAGAUCGGGCUCCCGGGCGGAAAGGGCCAGUGCACGCUGUUUGUCGGAAAUGCGCGGUUCAUCCUGCAGACCGGCGACGCGCAGCUCCCGUCCACGCUCGCGGCGUUCGACUCGGAGGAGUCGCACCGCGGCCGCACGUCCAUCUUCGUCUCGAUCUCGACGUCUGGCAAGCCGCCGGUGCCCAUUCUGGCGAUCGCGCUCGCGGAUGCGCCGAGGCCGUCGUCGAUACACGCGAUCAGGGCGCUGCAGAACAUGGGCAUCGAGGUGAACAUGCUCACGGGCGACGCAAAGGCGACGGCGCUCGCUGUUGCGAAGCAGGUCGGGAUCAAGCCGGAGAACGUGUGGGCGAGCAUGAGCCCGAAGGGCAAGGCGUCGGUCGUGACUGAGCUCAUGGAGAAGUACGGCGGUGGCGUGGCUAUGGUCGGUGACGGCAUCAACGACUCCCCAUCCCUCGUCGCCGCGUCUGUCGGCAUCGCUCUGUCUUCCGGAACGUCCGUCGCGAUCGAGGCGGCGGACAUCGUGCUCAUGCGCUCCGACCUGCUCGACGUCGUCGCGGCGCUGCACCUCUCGCGUGCGAUCUUCGCGACGAUCCGGCGCAACCUCGUCUGGGCGUGCCUGUACAACGUGCUCGGCAUCCCGCUCGCGAUGGGCUUCUUCCUCCCGCUCGGCGUGAGCCUGCCGCCGAUGGGCGCGGCCGCGGCGAUGGCGUUCUCAUCCGUGAGCGUCGUGACGAGCUCGCUCGCGCUGAAGUGGUGGGUGCGCCCGGCGGAGAGCCUGAUGCCCGGGGAGAGCGUGCAGCACGAGACGAUGUUCGACAGCGCGCGGGAGGCGGUGCGCGACGCGUGGGAGUCGGUGCGCGGCCUGGUGGGCUCGCGGCGGGAUGUGUCGGGGUACAGCCAGCUGCCGGUGGAGAUGAGCGAGGCUGUAUGAUAGAUUCAGACUGGGGUUCCGGCGUCGGACGGUCCGUGUGCUCGCUCGUUUUGCGUCUCGAUCUAACUUACUUAGUAUGUGGUGUCCGUUCGACCUUCUUGGUUUGCAUGAUGUAAUUUUACCUGCUGCAGUUGGAAUAUUGGAAGUAUCGAUAAUUG